AUGGCUUUCUUCACAACUGCUGCCGGUAAACCACUUAGAAAAAUUAGCGAAAAAGACCUUGAAGCAUCGAAAAAGCUGUUUUUCACACAAAGCCAAUUUGGUGAUGACGAGACGCAAAAAAACGUAGAAGACGUUGAUGAGCAGAAAGAGACUUUAAAUGAGAAUGAAGGGAAGGAUCACUUUGCCGAGCUGUCUGAGAUCUCAAAAGGACAUGAAGAGAGUAAAAUUGAAAUAGAAAUGAACCACAAUGGCGAAGGGAUCGACCACACGACGUUCCCUCAAACUCAAAUGUCACAAGACACACUCACAACAAUUAUACAGGAGAUGAACGACAGCGAAAACAUGAAGGAAACAAAAACCGUGCUAAAACCAAGUAAACGACAAUCCCUUUUGCACCAACAACCUCUGAAAUACCCAACACCACUGAAGAGAAAACCACUAACUCCAAGUCACGAUGGCAAGAAGAAGAACGGCGUGAGGCUGUCCAUCACUAAAACACUCUCAACGGGACAAAAGCCAGUGCCAACAAGUCCUUUGGACCAAGUCAGUUUUGUAUCAAAAACACUGGACGCAUUUGAUUUUUGUUAUGACGGAGAUGCCGUCUGUCCAUUACCCACAUUUGAUAAAGCCUUGGAAACGCCGAUUAUUAAUAACACGAAUUGUGGAAGGAAGAGUGAAGUAUUAAGUUUAGCGGAGUGGAGCAAAUUCAUACCGAAUGUGACAAAUAUGAAGUGGCUUGAGAACCAACUCAGACAUGUGAUAUGGAAACAUUUAGGGUACUAUUUUCAUAAUAGAACAAUACUUAACGAAGUCACCGUAAAAGAUGUCAUAGAAGAAGUUGAGAAACGAAGAGUUUUUGAAUUGCGACCAAAGAGAUCUUUUUAUCGACUGUUGUACAACAAAGAUGAGAACUAUGGUUUGUGCCAUGUCUGUGUGGUUGCUUCUAUUAUAAAAGGGAAGAACACGCGAGAGUUAAAUAGGCUCGUUGUGAGUGAUGGGUGGUAUACUAUUACUCUGAUAGUCGAUGGAGACCUUUCUCAACUCAUUUCGAUGAACAAAAUAUAUGUGGGACAAAAAUUGCGGGUGUGUGGGAUGGAGUGUGUUGGGAGCGAAAAUGCACGAGAGCCAUGGGAGGGAGAUACACUUGAGAUGAGAGUGUCUGUCAAUUGUGUACGCCGUGCGGAGAGAAUUGAGAAGUUGGGAAGGACAAAGUGUAUUGCUUUUUUGGUGACAGUCAACUCGAUUCGAGAAGGGAUUGUCCCUGCGAUUCGAGUGUGUGUGGAACGGAUAUACCCGACACGAUACAAAUUUUCUGACACGAAGUUAAUGAGUGAGAGUGAGUUUUCUAUUGAAGAAAAUAAGCGGAAGGUGUUACUUGAAAAAGAGUUUUCUGAGUAUCGCAAAGAAGUUGGCGACAACGUAGAAUUACUCGAAAGCUUUAAACAAGAGAAAAUGAAAGAGCUUGUUCCGAGUGGGUUGAAGGUGAUCCGCGUGUUAGACGGGAUGCAGCGGAAUGGGAAAGCGAAGCGAAUGAAUUUGAAUGUGUGGGUGAGUCGAGGGGAAGAAGUGGAAUUUAAAGAACGGAAGUGGGUUGACGUGUAUUGGCUCAAGGCAAAGAUAUUUGGUGGUGUAUGUUCAUUGGAAGCGUUGAGAACAACACAUUUCAACUUUUUGAAUGACAACAUUGAACUUCCCAAAGAGUAUGAAGAACGCACGAUCACUGAAAUAUUGGACAUCUCCUUAUCGACCACAACGUCUGUAGCUGAAGUUGAUGUUGUCUUUUGUGUCUUAAAAGUAGAAGACGAUUCCGUCUAUAUUACAGACGCUUCAAUGAAAACGUGUUUAGUCAAACGGAAUUUUAAAGGGAAUAAAAAGAUUGAGGAAUUCCGGGUCUUUUGUUGUCGAAAUUUGGGGAUUGCAAGUGUAUAUAAUAAUGAUGUUGUUCUUAAAGAAACAGAGAAGACUGAAUGGCUAAGUGAAGGGAAAAGAGAAGACGAAAAAGUGUCGAUCAAGAAAUUAAGGCAGAUGGUGGAGAGUUUCCAUCGACAGUUUGAGUCGAUGCAACGUGGGGUCAUGCGUAUAGUUAAUGACGAAAUAGAAGAGACAGUACCACGAGUAUUGGAGUUAUUAAAGAAGUUAAGUGACAAAGAAGAAGAGAUCAAACUUCUGAAAGACCAAUUAAAAAGUGUUGGAGCACCAAAUUGA